AUGCGAAAUGCCCCAAGAUCAGCAAUCACCUAUCCUCCUCCCGACCUCCGUCGAUUAUCAGUACAAUCCUUGCUUAUUGGGCCUCCAGGCGACAGUCCGCAUGGUUACAGUACAGAAAUCCAACAAGGUCGGCAGUAUCCAAUUGGUGACUCAACUACGACUACGUAUGGGUACGACAUGGGAUACCCCGACUUGGACACACCGAAAAACGACGAUGUGAAUGCCAUCGCGAUGUUCAGCCCCCCAAGCGACACCCUGGGCUUUGACGAUGAGAGAAUUUACAAUGCUGAGGUUCGAGGCAAGGAUAUAGCCUUCGAGAAGGGUGGUUACUAUGCCAAACCUGUGGCAAUUAAAAUCUCGAAAUCGCUAGGACCGCUACCACAACUUUUGUUAGAGAAUCCGAUGAAUCUCCUCUAUUUCCAUCACUUCCUCAAUCACACAGCGCGUAUACUUGUCCCCCAUGACUGCGAACAAAAUCCGUUUCGACAAAUUCUUCCGGAAAUGGCUGUGAAAGACGAGAACAUCCUCAAUCUGCUCCUCGCCUUCAGCGCCUCUCACCGUGCGCGUCUGCUUGGUCACCCCGAACCUGCAAAUCGCAUCGCGGUGUGGGUACAGGAUGUUUUCCCCAAACUCCGACAGUCACUCAUAAACAACCCGGGUUAUAUCUCCAAUUCAACGCUCGCUCCUGCUAUCAUGCUGGCUUCUCUCAAGAUAAUGAUCAUCGCACGAGGUGGGCCGAGAAGUGUAGAUCGCCAUGAUCGGGAAGUGUACUUCUUAUCGAGGUGGUUUGCCUAUUUAGACGUGAUGGGUUCCUUAAGCGGGAACAAGAACGACAGGCCGUUAGGCUCAUGUUACUGGAAUUCUGAAAACGCUUCCGCGGACGAAGACUUCCAGAUAGACUGCCUUCUCGGGUUCACAACACGCUGCGUCGGGAUCCUAGCUCGGAUUGCCGAAUUAGCCAAACAAUGUGAAUCCAAACGUAUUGAUGAUGACGGCAAUAUUCGGGAAGACUGGCGACCUGAGGAAGAGAUUCUCGAGCAGGCCGAGCAGAUUCGCGGUGAGCUCGAGGUUGGACUGAGCGACCGCAUCGUGUACAAGGGUUGCAACCAUCGAUCAUAUGAUAGCAGCGAGAGCGAGGGGGCCUGGGACGCCAUUGAAAUCUACGCCACAAACGAAAUGUUCCAUUGGGCGGGCCUCAUCCAUCUUUAUCGCCGCGUUCUUGGCAAGCCGGCAACAGAUCCGGAAGUCCAGCACGCCGUGCGAGGGAUUGUGGGACUUUUGUACAAAGUAAGAAGAGGUAGUACCGCGGAGGCCUGUCUUCUGUUUCCAAUGUUCACUGCAGGGUGUGAUGCUAUAGAUGCAGGGCAAAGAGAGAAGAUCAUGGAAAGGCUGCGGUGUGUAGAGGAUUUUGGCAUGACUCAGGUAAACAGAGCUCGCUCGUUGAUGCAGAAAGUCUGGGAUACUGGGAAACCGUGGGAGUCGUUAGUAUCUGACGAGUUCUUUGGUUGA